AUGCAGCUUCUUAUUAUUGCUUUUCUCCUCUUCAUAGUGAAUCCCACUCUCGCUGCUCCACACCAGUCGGAGCACGAAGCUCCUCCUCUGCCCGAUGGAAUGCCCUUUCCUAGUCCUGGUCAGUUACGCGAAAUCGAGCUGAGAGCACACGGAACGCUGCCAAACACGCCUCUUCCAGAUCACAUCAGCCGGGAAGGUAUUGUAAACCUACAACUGAUUGCUUUCAAUGAACUCUUUGAGGUGGCUUUCUUCAACGAGCUUCUUCUCAACGUCACGAACAAUGUGACGGGCUUUGAGAUCCCCGAUGAAGAAAACCGGAACAUGGUCGUCCGAAGUCUCACUGCAAUUCGCGCGCAAGAAGAGUUGCAUGCCUUGAGCGCUAAUUAUGCCCUUCAACACUUCAAUGUUUCGCCCAUCCUUCCCUGCAGGUAUCACUUCCCUGUCUCCGACUUUGACCACGCAAUCGCUCUGGCCGCCACUUUCACCGAUCUUGUCCUUGGAACUCUGCAAGAUGUGGUGGAGCGAUUUGCCGUCGGGGGUGACUUUAACUUCACUCGAAUCAUCUCCUCUGUGAUCGGGAACGAAGGCGAACAAGAGGGCUGGUUCCGCUUGCUCCAGGACAAGAUUCCCAGUGAACUUCCGUUCCUCACCACCAGUGAUCUCAACUUUGCUUUCACUGCAAUCCAGGCUUUUGUCGUCCCUGGCAGCUGCCCGAAUAUCGAUGAAAUUCCACUGGAAACAUUCCAUUUCUUGGCCAUCCUGACACCACCAGCAAACACUACCCAGACCAUCCGAGUCGCCUGGAGGCCUACCGAGACCGGCGCACCGGGGCAGCACGUGUGGAUGACCUAUAUCAAUCAACUGAAUCUACCAAUAGUAGAACCAAUGAACAUCAUCUCCGUCGAGCACCGGACGGUUGUCGCAGAGGUCCUUUUCCCUUACGACGAGUACCUGAUGAAUGGAUUGACCAUUGCUGCUGUGACCAACAGCAGUGGUCCGUUUCCGAAUGCGAAUGCCGUGGCUCGGGCUACAGUGGCUGGACCUGGCUUGAUCGUUGUCAAUUGA